AGACGGCAGUGACUACAUCCUCGACAAAAGACAAAUAGCAACUCCUGCAUGUUUCCUCAUAGUUUCAAUUACGACAAGCGACAACUCUUUAAGUGACUGUAGACCACUCGCCCCUGGUAUUCGUGCCUUGCCAACUGAUAUCCUUUAUUCAUCUUUUCGAAUUCGAUUGUUGAUACAUUAUAGCGAAUACUACAAAGAUGUCGUCUCACAGAAAGUUUGGUGCUCCUGCAUGGGACAAAGCUGGGCGACCCUCGCAGGCUGCAGCCCGUCUUGCUUCAUCUUCCAGGAAGCCUUUUCGUUUUGUCCCGACUGCCAAAAACAACGACGUGUUUGAGCCCCAGGCCAGAAACGACUUUUCCGUCCAACCAAGAGCAUCGCAGCCGUUCCAUGGUGAUGUGGUUAUGGUGCAUCCUCAAACGGACUACGACACACGACCCCUGGUUGGAGGCAUGCAUCAACCUAAUGAUGGUGGAGGAAACCAGCAGCAGCCCUCCACUAGUACAACUCGCUACUUUUCAAUGCUUGGUCGUGAUCCGGCACCUGUGGCCGACAAUUUCAGACUGCCUAAAAUGCCGCCAAACAAAUCUAAAGAAGCACUAGAACACCAAGAAUUUAUGUCGCUUCUCGCAGGUGUGCCGAACAAUGCAGGGAAAGAUCAGAGGUAUUAUAGCAGCUCGAGUGAUGUUCAGUCACUUUGUGGUCGUGUACUGUUUAGAAUUUAAAAACCGCAGAUCAUCAUGAGAGCCAAUGUCGUUGUAAUAUCACUAUCGUAAACAACCCAUCAUGAGUUACUAUCUAAAUUAAAUAACCAAAAACAUCAAAAGGUGUUUCUCGGUUGUCCAGAAUCGCGUUCUCUGUCCGGGAAAUGGUGUCGGCGGAGAGUAUCCUGUAAAAAGCAGUGCUGUUUUGCCUGUCUCAGUAGCUGAACGACGGGCCCAAGGCCAGAUCACCAUCCUAGAGGAGGUAGCAGCAGAGGCUACAUUUUCCUCCAAGGGAGAGCUCAGCUUAAACCCUGAAGCUGCGGGAGCCUUGUUGGACAGGUUGUGUCGGUUGGAAUUGCCUGAUCGUGAUGCACUGGGAGAUCAAGGCAGUAGCAAUGAUGUCGCAGGCGGAACUACUGGUAGUGUCACAGGUGGACAAAAAGCAAGCUUCUCAGGUGCUUCCACUACUUCAAAUAAGAAGAGUAUCAACAAGGGAGUGCAGCAAGAGCAAGCUGGUGGUUCGUCUUCGUCUGCUCAGAUCUCUUCAUAUAAUAGACAACAACAAUUUGCCGAGGUCGAUGGAAUAUUCCUUGGCGCGAUUGAAACCUUUCGCUUGUUGCAGGCAUUGGAGACAAAUCGAGUAGCACAGUGGCUCUCAGCGGCUGUUGCACGCAGGUUGCAAGAGGAGCGGUUAGCAAGAGCAGGAGGAAAAAAUGGAGGUUUUGGUUCUUCUAGAAUGAGAAGCAGCAAAACAAAGGAAGAUCUGAUGGGAGGGGCUCAACCAGGUCACGCUGUGGACGACGAUCCAGAGGAUGUGAACUCCGUUUUAGAACAAGUUUACGGUUUUCUCUUGUGCAACCAGUUGCAAGAAGCCGUCUCCUUACUCCUAUUGCAGGAGGAGCAACCGCGUGGCCGCUUCACGCACUUGUUGCAGUGUGUCACCGCUUUGGCGCCACCUUGCCACCAGCGUGAUUAUAUGGAGGACCAGCUGUGCGCGUGGGAAGCGUCAGGCGCACAAGAAGUGAUGCCGCCAGUACUCUGGAAAAUCUACUCACUCCUCGCAGGACGAGUCGGGAUUGCAAAAAUAGAGGACUCACCAGAAGACGGUAAAAAUAGAGCGAGUAGUCCUCUAGGAACAUCCUCGUGGCAUGUGAGAUUAGCUGCGCAUUAUUGGUAUCGCAAUUGCAGCAAACCUGGAGAAGAAGCCAGCUUAGAGGCGUCUGUGAGAGCUGCUAGUAGUAGGAAUAUUUCGAAGAACAGCACAAAAGACGAAGAUAUCAACGUCCUCGAUGAGGGCAAUUUACAACUUGCGCUGUUUCGGUAUAAGGUGGGACAUCUAGAUUGUAGAAGUCUUGCAGACUUUGAAAGCGACGCUAUCGAAACCAGUUGGACGGUGGCCUUGCUAUUGCGUUCUCUAGGCAAAUGCGGUGACGAACAUGCGACGAGAGAGACAGGUAAAAUUAUCAUGCAUGCAAUGAAAUCAUUCGAAGAUACGGAAAAAAAAUGUAUACUAUACAUAGUUACCCGAAACAAACUGUAAACUCAGAUAACGAACUUGCGCAACUAUGAAAUCAUUCGAUACUCAAAUAAAAUGUAUAAUGGUUACCCGAAACAAACUCUAAACUCAGAUAACGAAUUUGCGCAACUAUGCGAACGCUUAGUCCUGCAUUUGGAGCGAAGUGGGGCACCGGAAUGGGCUGCUUUUGUGGCUGGGUGGAUUCCCUUUGCGGAUAUUAAGACCCGAAUCCUUAGACAACUGCUGAAUCAGCAUCCCUUUGACGAUGAGCAGAUUGUGGAUAUGCUGAGGGCAUGGAAGGUACUUACAAAUGGUUUUAUUGAUUCAACGCCAUCGAUUAAUGAAUAAUGGUAAGUUUUGAUCCUCUAUUAUAAUUUUUGUCUCAUUGUGUCUUCGAUAGCCAAGAACCCGUAGAUGAAAGUCCCCACUGUUACUCACACAGGUCCCAGAGAGGUGGAUCCUUGAGGCGCGUUUGGCAAGAUUUGAAGCCUGCGAAGAGUGGACUGGCGUUGCUGACACUCUGCAGGAUCUCAUUUUAGUCGCCGAGGGAGCCGGUGAAGAUGCUAGAGGGACGGUAUCGAAAUUGAUUGCUUGGUCACAUACUUAUUCAAAACCAGCAAACACUUAUAUUACCAAACUUGUUGAAAAUUGCGAAUUUUUUUCUUCCGUCGGUAUCCAGACUUCGUCAUCAGGUAUCACCUUUUCUCUGAAAUUCACUUUCGCCCACAAAAACACAUUCAAAACAGUUAAAGCAGCUCGUCGCGUGCGUUACAAAGCAUGUUUUUCCGACUGUCGUGCUUGGUCUAGUAGAUCGUGCAGCGAUGGAUGACGGUAGUGGGACAGGCGUUAUGGUGCUGUUUAGACGCGAACAGAACCAGAAUCUUACAAAACAGGGACACCAACAAGGAACAAUGGGGGACAUGCUGAACCAGCAGGAAAACAUCGUACACUUACAACAUGACGAACUGUUCCAGUGGUUGUUGGACAAGCUAAACUUCGCAGUCGCCCGCGACCCACGACUGCAGACGGACAUCGAGUUCGAGCUGCUGACGCAAUAUCGACAUCACCUAGCCUCCGAAGGAGAAGACCCUUUCCUGGUGCCUUCUGACUUGUUUUCAGCAGUGGUGUCAUUUUCAAGGGAUCCGGCAGAGUGGCGGGAUGGAGCUGUAUUUUGA